UGCUGAUCUUUGUUUCUAGACAGCGCAGCUACUUGUCAACGCACACCUACCAGCAGGCGACGAUGAACAAGUCCGUAGAUCGCAUGUACGUGCUGGUGAUGCUCUGCGCCUCGCUGUGCAAUGUGAAGCUCGACGAGGGUUUGAUGCAGACCAUCCGAGAAAAAUACACUGACAAGUACUACAAACUGCAACAGGAGAAUGAGGACACGUACUACGAGCUGUUCACGUGGAGCUGCCCCAAGUUCAUAAACCCUGCGAUGCCUGCGUUCGAGGACCCGCAGGCGCUCGAGCAGUUUUCCAACUCCCAUGCAGAGGUGCAGCUGCGUCAGUGCAAAAUGUUUCUCAAG